UUUAUUUCGAUUGUUAUUCUAAUAUUAUUAUUAUUAUUAUUGAGGUAAGACAAUUAACAAAAACAAUGGCAUUACGUGGAUUGGUUAUCGCACGUAAUAUUCAUACGACAAAUAUAAAUAAUGAAAUUCGUAAAAUGGCACGAUUAAGAGUUGUUGAUAAUAGUGACAUAGGUAAGAGAGCUAUGUUGGAAGGUAAACCACCAAAGUGUAUUCACGUUUACAAUAAAAGUUUGGUUGGCUAUAUAGGUGAUCGUGUUUUGGUAGCAAUAAGAGGUGAAAUGAAAAAAGGAAUUUUAGUAGGCUUGAGGCAAACACAAAACCCCAAAGUACCAAGAUUUGAUAGUAAUAAUGUUGUAUUGAUUGAUGAUAAUGGUACCCCACUUGGCACACGUAUCCAUGUACCAAUACCACUUAUUUUAAGGACAAUACUCAAACAAAAAACACAUUCUAAGGGUGCUGACUAUACAAAACUAUUGGCCAUUGCUCCAAAAUUUGUAUAA